AUGUGGGUCACCCGGCAUCUCAGCUGUUCAUUCAUCCAUCUCUUCAUCGCGACACUGUGGGAGUCAGAGGUGAGCGCGAGUGGUAAGCCCAAUUGGCCGGACCCCUCUCGUCUGCCAAACACCACGGAACCUGGUCAGUAUGGGUAUAACCGAUGCGGCAAACAUUCCUCGCAAGAUUCCAACUGCCAGACGUUAUACGUCAACAGUCUUAAUGAUUUUUGCCUCUGGGCACCUCCCUCGGGACAGCAAGAGGUUGGCAAUUCAGAAGAAUACGAGGUUGCCUGGUGCACCAAACCCGGUCGCGGAACCAGGCAGAUCCCCGCAGGAGCACUGAUAAGCGCUCAUUUCCUCUCUACGCCACAUUAUGUGCAAAUCACAGGCUUCAUCGAUGGGCCGGCCUUGAACAUCAAGAAAAAGGAUGACGGUGGAGAGCUUGACCCGCAUGGAGCGACAGGUUUAGGAAAUCCCAUCGGUAGUUUGGUCUACACUACGGCCUUUGGAGGUGGAGUUCAGCAGGUGAAGGAGUGGAUGAACUUCAUGGCGGAUGGUGAAUUUUGUUUCCGAAUCUGCAAACCAGGGGACCCACAAGCUUGGUUAUACUGUCAGCACAUCUACGAUGUGAUGGGAUGCGUCUGGGUGAUGCCCGGAAACUAUAAUCAAACAGGCUUCGACUCCUGUGAGGGAGACUCGGCUCCGCCCCCAGGCGUCUACGGCACAUCAACGUUCCACCAAGGAGAUGCCAAGACCCCCAUUCCGCAUCGUGCGGCAAAAUCAAGCAACUGCCACGCCGUGCAGACGAUCAGUCUUCUGCCAGUGAAAUCAAACGCCACAGUGGUUCCUGCUAAAAACCGAACUCUCACCACCACUGCCCACCCGGGUAACAUCACCGCGAGUCCGAAUACCUUGAUCCCGGGUCCUGCGAGUCCGAAUACUUUGAGCCCGGGUCCCGCCAGUCCGAGUACCUUGAGCCAGGGUACCGCCAGUCCGAAUACCACGAGUCCGGGUACCGCGAGUCCGAAUCCCGCUUCACAGCCGGCGAACUCAGCUGGGAGAUCUUUCCGGAAUGCUUACUGCAUUACGAUCGUGGCAGUGCUCUUUUCGACAGCUUUGUUGUAG